UACCCACUCUUUCCCCCAUUAACAUAUGUCUUUAAUGCUCGGCCGCGCAGCCACUGCCGUCGCCGCUUUUGCGGCGUUUGCGUCGGGCGUCAAUGCGAUCUCCAAAAUCUCGGUGGGCGGGAGGUAUCUGUACGACGACUCCGGGAACAGGUUCUACAUCAAGGGCAUAGCCUACCAGCCUCAGGGCGAGGUUAUCGCCAGCUCCACGAAUACCUUCGGCGAACCUUCGACGUUCACUGACCCGUUGGCCAACGCUACCACUUGCUCUCGCGACGUCCAAUUCUUGACCGAACUCGGGGUCAACACCAUUCGAGCGUACAGCGUCAAUUCCUCGUUGAACCACGAUGAUUGCAUGUCGACGUUCAGUAAUGCUGGCAUCUACACCAUUAUCGACUUGUCGCUCCCCAACAACGGCUCAAUCGACCGUGAUUCGCCCUCAUGGGCAACGAACCUUCAGGACCAGUAUCUCAGGACCAUCGACGCUUUCUCCGCUUAUGACAACGUUCUUGCAUACAACGUUGGAAACGAGGUUGUCAUCAACUCGAACGGCACUGGCACGGCUGCUUUUCUCAAGGCGGCAGCUCGGGACGUCAAGGCUUACUUGAAGUCCAAGGGUUCCUCCGCACUGGUCGGCUAUGCCGCCAUCGAUGCGAGCGCGGAUUGGAGACAGCCUCUUGCUAGCUAUCUCGCUUGUGAUCCCUCCGACAGCAACUCUGGCGAAACCGCCAUCGAUCUCUACGGCCUGAACAACUACGAGUGGUGCGGUGACUCCUCGUUCCAGAGUAGCUACGCCGGUACGCAAGGCCAGUUCGCCGGAUACAAUGUACCGGCCUACUUCAGCGAGUUUGGCUGUCUCAAUGGCGAUUCGGCUCGGCCCUUCACGGAAGUCAGCGCGCUGUUGAGCAGCCAGAUGUCGGACGUCUGGAGUGGAGGCUUGGCGUUCAGCUAUUUCCCCGCCACCAGCGCCCAGGGUCAAUUCGGUAUGGUCACCAUCUCAGACGAUGGAAGCACUGUCACCACGUCUCAAGAUUUCGACAACCUCAAGUCCCAAUACACUUCUGCCACACCCCCGAACACCCCCAGCCAGAGCAACGCCGGUUCGACCAGCUAUCCGUCUUGCCCCUCCCAAAACGCCACCUGGCUCGCCUCCACCACACUUCCUGGAACUCCGAGCGACGAUGCUUGCUCUUGCCUCGACAAGUCCCUGAGCUGCCAGUUCAAACCCCACACCACCAAUGGCACGGAAAUCAACAUCAUCAUCGGCGAUCUCAUCGACUUCGGCUGCAGCCUAUUGGGACAAAUGUCGCUGGACUGCAACGCCAUCAGCGGUAGCGGCUCGCAAGGCGUCUACGGAGAUGUGCAGAGCUGCGAUCCCGCAACCAAGCUUUCUUUCGUAAUGAGCCAGUACUACGAGGCGAACAACCGGGACCCACAAGCCUGCAGCUUCGCCGGUAACGGAACCGUCAACACGUUAGCUCCCAGCAAGGCCUCCGCUGCUCAGGCGGCGGAGAGCACCUGCGUUACCGCUGGCGCCACGGGCACCUUUGUCCCGAGCUCGCCCCCCGUCCUCUCGGCGGCAGCUGCCACGUCUUCAGCGUCGAGCUCUGCGACGUCCGACAGCUCGUCCUCGAACAGCAGUGGCGCCGUCCCUCUCCUCGCCGACUCGCGAAGCCUUGUUGGCAUCGUCCUUGUUGCGCUUAUGACGGUUGCAGGAGGUCUGGUUACGCUGGCUUGAGACCUGAACUUCCGAAUGGACAAUGGCUAUCCUUACUCUGGACUGUAUUGGUUGAUUAAUUGUCUCGCGGCUCAGCCGCAUUCCGCUCCCUCCCGUUCCCCUGCGUUCUAUUCAGGAUCCUAUAACAAUAUACUAUCUUCUCGAGGAUGCACAGGCA